GCUGCAGCACGGAUGAACCCGUUUUGCUUCACGACGUUGGCGGUUCUGUCGGCGGUCUCGCAGCUUGCUAAUGGCUGGUGGGACAAUGGCCACAUGCUCGUCAGCGAGAUCGCGACACAGACCAUGGCCCCAGCUGAUGUAACAACGGUGAACACUCUCUUGGCCAUGUACGACGCAGACUUCCCCAACACGGGCUCCAUCACGACGGCCGCGAUCUGGGGUGACUUGAUCAAGUGUAACUCGGUCGUGAGCACGUUUUGCCCGUCGACCAAGACGCCCGCGCUCAAUAUGAUGGACGAGUGGCACUAUGUGAACCUGCCGCUCAAUGUGAACGGCACCGACUACAAGAACCUCAACUCGACGACCGGCGAUGCGCUGGUGAAACAAGCGUUUGGUGGCCAGGCCCUCGACUUUCUGAACAAGGCGCUCACGAUGUUUAGCAAGACCAAGUCGGCGCACUCGGCGAACUGGGCCCUCCGCAUGGUCUUGCACGUGUUCGGCGACAUUUCGAAUCCCAUGCACAACGUGGGCGGCGUCAACAGCGUGUUCCCUGCCGGCGACCUCGGCGGCAACAAAUUCCUCUUCAAGGCUCCCUGCGUCGGCACGAACCUGCACGCGAUCUGGGACAGCGUCGGCGGCAAGUAUGGCACGGUCAACUGGAGCCCUACGUUUACCCCCGGCACCGCCGACUACACGGCGCUCCAGACGAACGCGACCGCCCUGCUCACCAAGUACGCGGCUGUCCAGGAUAAGCUCGCCUUUGCAUCCGUCAAGGACGUUGACUAUGCCAAGUUCGUGUCGGCCAUGAGCGCCAAGCCCGCGAUGAAGAUCCAGGCUACGAUUCUUGAGUCGUAUGACGUCGCCCGCCACGUCGCGUACAAAAACAUCGACUUGAACUGCACGCUGGACGACAAGGGCAUGUGCGUCAAUCCGUGCCCGUCCUCCGACUACGUUAACGCCUUGAUCGACACGGCGGAAGCUUCCAUCACGAUCCAAGGCAAGCGCAUGAGCGUCAUCUUGACCCAAUUUGCCAAGCAAAUUCGCGCACUGAACUUGCUCUCCCCCAUCGUGCCGACAACGACAACGGUAUCCCCAACUUCUGGCCCGACGACGUCGACCGUCGCCCCCACACCUGCUCCUACGAGCGCUCCGACUCCAGCCCCCACGAACACCACGACUACACCUGCCCCCACCACCACUCACGCCGCCUGCUAGGCUCCAUGUCGUAUACGAUCAUUCAUCAUCAUGCUCCAUCCAGUUAUGCUCUUGACAAUCACGCACUAGAAGGUGAUUUCACUGGCUAAAAUCAUUUCAACAUUGUCAAUACACUCACUCUGAUUGGAUAAAA